AUGCAACUAGUUUGUUACUGGAAUUUGUGGAUAUCAAAGUUACCUGACCUCCCGGACGAAGCUACAGACCUCAUGGCAAUGGAAGAGACAAGAGACGUCGAUGUGCCAUUGGAACCAGAACCUCAAAGUCCAUCUUUGAGGCCUUCAGAAGUUUUAGAGACUAUGGAAUCGCAAGAAGAAACCUCUAAUACUAGAGAAUCACCAAGAGAUCUUGGUCAAGAUGAUGGGAUGUGUGCAUCAUAUAGAGCAUCAAAUAUUCUUUGGAGUACUGGGUCGUUUUCUGACCCGAUACCAGAUGGUUUUUACUCUGUGGUACCGGAUAAUAGAUUAAAGCUUUCUGAAACCAUUCCUACACUAGUUGAACUUCGUGCGCUGUGUGAGGAAGGUCAAGAGGCUGAUGUGAUUCUUGUAGAUUUCGAGAAAGAUAAAUGGCUUCAUCAUCUAAAGCGGUUGAUCGUCAACCUUGCCGGAGGAUUAGAUCCGGUUAAAGUUAUUAAGGAAAUUGUUGGACUGGUAAGAAAUGGCGAGCAUUAUUUAUCAUCUCCUUUGCUACACUACAAAUCAUUUUUGUUACUUUAUCGUAUCGCUACAUGCAAUAAAGAUUUGAUCGUAGAAUUUUAUAAUCUGAAGAGUCGGACAAAAGCUACACCAUCAUUAGGAAGUAGUGGUUUUCCACUGCUAGGACCGAUCAAAACUGAUUCUUGCCGUGCUCGGGCCAUCUUGUUUAAAGUUCUAGCUGAUACAGUUGGUCUUGAAAGUAAGCUUGUCGUGGGUUUACCUAAUGAUCUGGAAAUUUCUGAAAGCGUCGAGUCAUAUAAGCAUAUGUCUGUUGUGGUUACGCUAAAUACUGUGGAAAUGAUGGUCGACCUUACACGAUCUAAUGGUCAGCUUAUACAAAUGUCGUCAAGCUAUGCAGUUUAUAUGGCUCAUACCUCAACUUCAAGGGAUGUCUCUUGUCAUUCACCAAAAUCCAGUCCUCAGGAUCUUAACGUGAGAGCUGGUGAGGGGUCGUCCAUGUUGGGUAAGCCUUUGUUACCAAAUGAGGAAUGGAACAUAGAUUUCUCCGAGUUGGAAGUUGGGACUUGUGUUGGAAAUGGAUGUUUUGCACAAGUCUUCCGUGGCAUUUGGAAUGGAAAAAAUGUUGCCAUCAAAGUGUUUAGUGAUCAAGAUGCUACGGUUGAGAACAUCAAAGAUUUCUCCAAUGAAAUACUAAUUCAUAGCCGUCUUCAACAUCCGAAUGUUGUUACGUUUCUUGGAGCAUGUACAAAGCCUCCUCACUUAUCACUCGUUACAGAGUAUGUGGAAAAAGGAAAUUUGUAUCAUUUGCUCCAUGCGACUGACAAAAUAAAGAAGUUAAGCUGGAAGACGAAACUAAAUAUUCUGCGUGACAUUUGCAGGGGUUUGAUGUGCAUACACGAGAUGGGAAUAGUCCACCGUGACAUAAAGAGUUCGAACUGCUUGUUGAGCGAUGAAUGGACGGUGAAGAUCUGUGACUUUGGGCUCUCGAGAAUCAUGGAAGGCGCGAAGAUGGAUGAAACUGUACCUGCAGGAACUCCCGAGUGGAUUGCUCCUGAAGUUAUCCGCAAUGAGCCCUUGACUGAAAAAUGCGAUAUCUUUAGCUUUGGUGUUAUAAUAUGGGAGCUCUGCACUCUAUCCAAACCCUGGCAAGGAGUCCCAAAAGACAGAGUCAUUCAUGCUGUUGCAAACGACGGAGCCCGGCUCAAAAUACCUGAAGGACCAUUAGGCAAGCUUAUUGCAGAUUGUUGGUUGGAACCAGAGCAAAGACCGAGCUGUGAAGACAUACUGACCUAUCUAGCGACCUGUGAAGAUUCGCUCUGCUGA